CAGCAGGGAACAAGACUUUCGCUGGAGAACGAGGCGUCCAUCGAAAAGGGUCGAGAGUCUCGCCGGGGUCGGCACCCACCACCGCUCGCCGCUCGCCCCGGCGCGUUGUCGUAGGCGCGCCCGCCCUGCGGCGGGCGAGCGGGCUAUGCAGGCCGCCGCGAGGUUCCGCGAGGCCAUCGCCAUCCUCGAGCACGCGCGUGACAGGGCUGCGAGCUCCGGGUGCGACCUCGACCUGGCGGAGCGGGCUGCGACGGCCGUGCGAGACACUGUUCUGCGAGAGUGCAUCGCAGCCGGCCUCUACGCCAAUCCCUCGCUCCUCGGCGACGGGAGCCCGAUCCGCGUCUCGAGCGGUGUCGACGCGGCGCUCAUGGACGAGGAGGACCCGCCCACCGCCCUCGUGGCUUCAGCGCCGGCCACCCCGCCAUUCAGUCCCUGCGCUGCUGAAUUCGCGCGAGAGGGCGGUGAGUUGGUGGAUCCAGUGCUGUCGGGAGUCAAGGCACUUCUCAUCGACCUGGACGGUACGAUGUACUCGCCGUCCGGCCCGAUCCCCGGCGCGGAUGAGUUUUACGGCUACUUGCUGCGCCAGCGCCUGCCAUACGUCUUCCUCUCCAAUACGGGCGCAAAGGGUGCGCACGGAGUGCAGGCCAAGCUGGCGAAGAACGGCUUCCUGCUGCAGGCGGCUCCGGUCCCGACCGACAACAUCUACACGGCUGCUCAGGCGCAGUGCGCGUACAUGGCGGACCACAUCCCGCACCACGCGCGCGUCUUUGUGAUCGCCGGCGGAGUCGAGGGCGAGGACGCGUGGUGGAUGGAGCUGCUCACCGCCGCGGCGGAGCGGGUGGCCACCUGGGAGCUGCGCACGCGGCUGACCGAGGAGGAGGCCAAGGAGUGGGCGGCGAUCGCUGGGGCGGCGAUCGCCGCGGCGCCGGGCGAGGGGCGGCCGAAGGUGUUCGUCGUGCUCUUCACCGACGGCUCCAUCUCCUCGUCCGUCGACCCGAAGACCAACGAGCGCGGGUACGCGGACUGGUCCUUCGACGUCAUCAAGAAGGCGUCCAUCCUCCUCUCGCACGGCGCCGAGUUCGCGAGAGGUAGCCGAGAGGUGGCCGAUCAGCCGAGUGCAGCCGCGGCCGUCUGCCGCCUCUUCACGCGGUCAGCGCCGCGAGCAGGUCCCGGGAUGUUUUCCGCGAUGUUCCGCAAGCUGAUGUACCCGCUCGGCAGCGAGCGGCACCGCGUCUGCGGAAAGGGCGGCGGCGCGGCCGAGGGCGGGAAGUACAUGGUCGGCCACGCGAUCGAGAUGCUCCGGAGGCAGGGCUUCGACGGCGAGCCGCACGAGCGACCUCCUCGCGAGCUGCACGAGGUCCUCAUCGUCGGCGACCGCUUCGACACCGACAUCCGGGCGGGCGUGGCCGCCGGCCUGCGCACCUGCCUCGUCGAGUCGGGCUGCCACCGGAUGGAGCUCCAGCCCUACUACCCGGCCGACAGGGCCACUUACGUCGCCGCCUCGGUCGCGGAGCUGCUGCCGCAGCAGUGGCUGCCCCGCUCCUUCGUGUUCCGCACCGCCCUGGCGCCCGCGAGGACUCCGCCGCGGCGCUGCUCCGACUCGCUCCGCUCGUGGGCCCUGUCUCGCGGCAACAUCGUCUACGCCUCGUCGGCGCACGCGCCCUCCACGUCGCUCAUCGAGCGGCUGAGGCACUACUUCGACGCGAUGGACCCGGGCUGCACCGGCACCAUGCCGGCGGCCGACUCGUACCUCGCCCUCCGCCUGCUCGGCAUCGCACCGCAGCAGCGGCCGGUCCCUCGCCCCGCCUCCCUCGCCGCCGGCCUCGUCUUCCCGUCGCGCGGGCGGAGCAGCCCCGCGGUGCCCGCCGCCGAGCCGCGCCCAACUGGCGAGAGCGAGGGCGAGGAGCGGCGCGGCGGCGGCGAGCAGCCCAGCCUCGGCCGCAUCACGUUUCGCCAGUUCUGCUCCGAGGUGCAGCGCGGCUUCGAGCUGGCCGUCUCUGGCGCCCCCGUCUCCCCCGGGGGCGUGCGCCCAACCGCGUGCGAGCUGCGCGCCGCCGCCGCGCAAAUCAUGUACUCGAAAGACGCGGUGCCACCCUCGCGGAGAGGCGGCGGCGAGGGGUCGCCGCCGCGGCGGCAACAGCAGUCGCACCGGCCCCGCGCGCUCUCGCAGAUCGAGCCGGCGCUGCGAGUCGAGCCAGAGGACACCGAGGCCCUCCUCGGCUCCUCGCCGCCGCGCGUCUCCUCCCCCGGCGUGGGCGCCGCUGCCGCCGGCGAGGUGGCACCCGUGCGCUGCCACCGCGUCCGCUCGGGACUCACCUCGAGCCUCCCGAGCCUGCCCGCCGCCGCGGCGCCCCUCUUCUCCGACGCGGCUGCAAGCUCGUUGAGCGGCUUUCCGCCCGCAGCGCAAGCGGUGGUUGGGCAGCGUCUGCUUGGCCGCGGCGGAGGGCAGCGCGUCUCGAGCCUCGGCGGUGUCCCGAUCUCGACCGGAGACCUCACCGAGCUGGGACGAGAGAGCGCGCGCCUCGAGGAGCUGCACGGCGGCAGGCUCGGCACGCCAGGCGGCAUGCGCCGUGCGGCAAGCUCGCUGCCAGACCACCUCUACCGCCUCCAGCCCGACUCGUAGCGCGACGGGUGAUGGGAGCGCGGAACGUCAAUGUGAACGUAUCAAUGGAGUGAGUCGUGUAUGUGUGUGUGCCGUGACGCGUGAGAGCCAGCACGAGGGCCCGGGGCCGCUGGCCAGCGCAGCGCCAGGUCGGCCGGGGCCCCGACGGCCGGGUCCCCGAGUGGAGCUCUCGUCUCGCUUGCCCCCGCACCUCUUCUUGCUUCUAUCGUCUCGAGAGAGGCAGAGGAAUCUUGAGGAAAUUGUGUCUAUUUAAGUCAGGGAUUUAAGUCUUGUGUGGUGUUAUCAAAUCA